GAGCUUCAAAAACAUAUGGCCGAUAGCACAAGACGCUUGAGAUAAAAAAAAAACUAAAACCUAAAUAACAUAAUCGAACUAUAAAAACUUCAUUCGGACCAUAACAUUCCAUGGCUACUGCCAUUAAUCCUUUACUUCCCCUUUCUCCUUCCCUCAAGCAUAACAUUCCCUCUUCAACCCAAUGGAUUUCAUGCAAACCCAUCUCAGCUUUAAUCCCAACUCUGCCUAUUUCCCACUUCACUCCACAAAGAGGACUGCUUUCACCCUCUGUUUCCUUCAAUCCUUCCGGAAAUUUUGACAUCUCCUUGUAUGGUGAUGAGGAUGAUUCCACUCAAGCAGAGCCUCCAAUGCCUCCAAGUGAAGGUCGAAUUGAAGUAAUAAUUGAUAAUGAUGCUAUAAGCCGGCUUGAUUUGUCCCCAUUUCAGAAGGCUACAGGAAUUACUUCACCUUUAUCUGCUGAACCAAAAGAGUAUCUGGAAAAGACAAUUGGAUUUACAAUUAAUUAUACAAGAGAGGAUCCACAUGAUCCACGAGAAUUGUCUGAAUUCCCCGAUGUAAGGUUAUGGUUCGUAAGGCUGGAUGCUGCCUAUCCUUGGCUCCCCGUGCUGUUGGACUGGCGAGCCGGGGAAUUAGCUCGUUAUGCUGCCAUGUUAGUCCCCCACCAGAUGAGUAUGAGAAUGGGGGUUGUAUUUAAUCCAGAGGCCUUGGAAUUGUUCAUUAUGAAAAAGGUGUUCAUUGUAUACUCUUGGCUGAAACAUAAUGGCAUUCCAAAACCCAGAUUGAAAACGAGCGACAUGGCUAGGAUGCUUGGAUUUGGGAUUGGAGAUGAACUUUUUGACAUGAUUGAUCAACACCCACUUGAUUCAUCCUAAAAUUGAGCAUCAAAAGUUUCAA